UCGAGUUCAACGACCUUUCACUGUGAAGCAAGAUGGCGACCUCCAUGUUCAUUUUUGUGGUGUGAGGCACGUGAUUAUACUAUCCAGUUUUUCCGUGCAGACGAUGAUGAUGAUGAGUUAGGAUUCUUACCAGUGCUUUUGAAAAUGUACUGUAGGUAUACAAAUAAGAAUAUCUUUACAGAAAAGGGUGUUAUUCUACCAUUAGUUCGAUCUCUUAGUGGCGAGUUUGUUCACCAGUCCCACUUGCGACGUCUGGUGUUGUAUUCUAAAGUUGACAUUCAAAAUCGUAAAGGAAUUCAAGCACAUCGUUUCUGCCUGGUAAGAAAUCUUGUUCAUCAGGACCACAUCAUGCCGAAGAGAAAAAGCAAGAACUCAAACCAUCCUCAGAAGAUCAAAAAAUUUGCACAUGAGCAGCAGUUCGAGGGUGUGGAGUACUACUUUGAAAAUGGAUUAAGAAAGAUCAAGCCGUAUGUUUACAAGUUUGAAUGUUAUGCUAAAGGACGAUGGUUUGGCAGCAAACUUCUGGAUGUCUUCAAAAAAGAGUUUAGGUUGGAGUCAGCUGAAUAUUAUGAAACAGCAAUCCAUGAAGGACUGAUCAGAGUGAACAAAGGCAAGGCAUCCCCGGAUCUGAUCUUAAAGAACAAUGAUUUCAUGCAAUCUAAGGUUCAUAGACAUGAACCACCGGUAUCGGGAGAACCAAUCCAGGUCAUAGCAGAUACACAAGAUUAUCUUGUCAUCAAUAAACCAUCUUCGAUACCGGUUCAUCCGUGUGGGAAGUAUAGACAUAAUACCAUAGUAUUCAUCCUGGGCAAAGAUUAUGGAUUCAAAGGCCUUCAUACAAUUCACCGUUUGGAUAGACUCACUUCUGGACUCCUUCUUUUUGCAAGAACACUUCAGGUAUCUCAUCGCCUAGAUGCCUACGUCAGAGAAAGAAAGCUAGAGAAGACUUAUGUGUGUAAAGCCCAUGGAGAGUUUCCAAGUACACCUGUAGUCUGUGAGGAACCAAUCUUUAUAGUAUCUCACAAGAUUGGUGUUUGUAGAGUAAAGGAGGAUGGGAAGCCUUGUAAGACAAGAUUUGAAAGACUCAGCUACGAUGGAGAAACCAGUAUCAUCAAAUGUCAUCCCCACACUGGUCGAAUGCAUCAGAUCCGUGUGCAUCUUCAGUACCUAGGCUUUCCCAUCAUCAAUGAUCCUCUCUAUAAUAACACUGUCUGGGGUCAGCAUAGAGGCAGGGGAGGAAACAACCAACUUACCGAUGAACAGCUUCUGAAGGACUUAAUAGACCAGCAUGACAUAGAUAUAGAUUCUGCAUUAGAGAAGGCACGACUCCAGGCACUCAUCAACAAACCAAAGGUUACCAGCCACAUAGACACAGCUAGACCUGAGGAUGCAUCCCUCACUCCAGGAUCACAGGAACCAUCAAAGGAUGCGGUCAUCAAUACAAAGGAUGUUAGGACAUCAGGCACAUUCAUUCCAAGCACAAAUGAGUCUGACCAAGUACAUCUGUCAGUAGCAAGCAUAACGCACUGUGCAACAACUACAGAGGAACUUGGAGAAGAUACUGCAGUGGAAAUCACAAGCAAUAGCCAUGUAGAAUGUAGUCCACUAGGUGAUCCUCCAGCAACCGUCAGCAGCUCUAUGGGUGUCACUGAUGAAGUAACCAAGGCAUGUCCAUCUGAUAAGGAUGAUAAGGGCAUCGUUGGAAAUGGUCGCACAUCUAUCAAUAGUUCAAGUAUGGGUAACAGCAACAUCUUUGGCAAUCCAGGAAUGGUAGAGCGUUCACAUGACAAAACCAGGACGAGUACUGAGGAAGUAUGCAGGAGCAUGUCUUCUGCAACCAGUGAUGCUAUGAAGGAUAAGGAUGAUGAUGCUGUGAGGGAAGUCCAAGAUGUUGAGAGUACAGAGACGAGGACGUUUUCGGAUGUUGGGAAUAUCAAGGAUGACUGUAACGAGGAGAGUUUGAUUGAUGAGAGGACGGACAAACUUGCUGUUUCUCUCUGUCGGGAAUGUCGUGAUCCGAUGCCAGACCCUGAACCUGAUGAGAUGUUGAUCUACUUACAUGCUCUCACAUACAAAGGUCCAGACUUUGAGUUCAGUGCACCUAUGCCAGCUUGGGCUCAAGAACACUUUGAACGUACAGGCACUAAAUACUCCUAAAGGGAAACACUAUCAUCACGUUUGGGAAACAUCUUUUAUGAGCAGGAAUGCCAUUAAAAAAACAAACUAUUACAUCAUUUUCUCCAGGUGCAAAUCUUAAUGGUGCAUUUGACGUAUCUGUGAUCACAGAUGUCUUUGACAUAUGAGAAUGAUUUUAUGAGAACUGCAUUUAGUCAACACUAACAGGUAUUCAGGACUCGUCUUUUUAAAACCUAACCUAGCCAUCCUAGCGCUGCAUAUUAAUAUUUGCAUAUAUGAAUAUUUGCGUUGGUACGGUAUGGUGGAGAUCAAAAUAAAAACCGGCCAGAUUCUGGUCUAACCAGUAUGUCGCAAUGAUUAUGGACAAGUUACGACCUUAGUAGUCAUUCGUUUUACAGUAAGCCUCCCAAUUUUCUCGCAAUGUCAUUUAUUUUAAGUAAACAUAGCUUUACACUUGUAAUUUUUGUAUGAAAUCCCAUUAUUUGAUAAAUUAUCGCAUCAGAUUCUGUCUGCGUGCAUAUCAUGAAUAUGUAAGACUAGCGCAUGACGUAUAGGUUCCUAUUGAGCCAAUCAAAUGCAGCGGUAGGAUGGCUAGGUUAGGUUUUAAAAAAGAGGCAUCCAAGACGCAUUGGUGCCCAAGAUCUAGGUUCAGAGAUUUCUACAUAAAUAGUCAAGCAGUUCAUCCCAAUGUCACAGAGCUCAGGCUACACUGAAAAGUGAUAUUAAAUGAUCAGUUCGUGAUGUUUACUUUAUGUAAGAAUCAAUUGAUAUGAAUCCACCAUUCCACACAUAUAAAGAAAUAAUUGAAAGUUCUGUGUUACACCGAUCUGAUUACAUGCUCUUGAUUACCUGUAUGUUGACAAAGCACUCUGGCAGUGCCUACCUCAAUGGGCAUGAAGCAAAUUUAUUGAAGGGGAGGGGGUCCUUUACAAAUAGUGUUUUUCUAACUACCAGCCAGCCCCCCCCCCCCCCCCUCCAUUGUGCAUUUGUGUACAAUAUGUGAAUUCUUGCAAUAUAGUUCAUACAAUUAUAUUACUGUGUAAUUUAAACCUCCUUUGGUAUAGUGUCAGGUAGUGUAGUGGCACAAGAACAAGAAGAUGCUUCUGUAACGUGAUUGUUUGCUACAAUUUUUUUUUAGGGGGGGGAUCUUAAAGUUCAGUAUUAUUGAGUGUAAAUCAAGUCGGUAGAGGAACUGUACAGUGUACAUCCUAAUACUAUGCUUCUCCCUGUAUGAAUUGACAUGAUUUUCCACAAUAUUCCUAUCUGAAUGCAUAUUUAAAUACCUCCAAGCUGCGUUUGUACUUAUUUUUGUCCAACAUGUUCAUUUAAAUAUGCAUGACAUGUAUUAAUUCCUCAUGAAUAUUUCCUCCCUUUUUCCACAUGUCUAUUUCUGUUUGUUCUUUUUGCAAAAAUAUGAAAUAGAAAAGAUCAAAUAAAGACUCUAAAACACCCCACAACAUUUUCAUAGAAUUGGUCAUCAUUUUAAUUUUGAAUUAUUGUCCAUAACUUUGAGGUUCAAAGAUUUAUCAAGUACAAUGGUUUGGCAGUAUAUCAGUCUUAUACUUAUAUUUUAUAACAUUGCUAUAGUUUUUGUAACCUUAAACUGUUUACACCAGAAGCACUGCCAAAAAAUGAAAUAAGAACUGUUUUUAAUUAUUUCAACUUUUUGACAGAUCUUUAAAAUAAAAAAGCAAAUCUUUCCUGAGUUAUUAAGAAAGACACACAUGUAGUUUCAAAUUAACUAUUGACGGUAUGUCGUAGCUGCAGCUAUCUUGAGCUGUAGAGAGAUGUCACUUUCUCCAUGAUCAUACAAAAACUCAGAAAUAAAAAAAAACACUGAGUUGGCCCUUAUUUGUGAAAUGGAAUUAUCAACCUGGUUCAUCUUGGUACACUGUUCUAUAAUGUCAAGUGCCAACCAUUGUAUGAUCCUGUAACAAAAUAAAAGUACAAAAUGAUUAUAGUCAUAGAAUGAAAACAGGAA